CUUCAUCACCAGUCAGCCGGAACGUUUCUCACGCAAGUUGCUUGUCCGACACUUUUUCGCCUUGGACCAUGCACUUUUCGCUCCAAACAAGGCUGGCGGUGUUCAACUUUUGUCAAUGAACUGUUCAGCGUAACCGGUUUCGGUAUUGGUUAAUGCUGUUGAAUCCAAUUCGUCAUGUCGGACACGUGGAGCAACAUUCAGGCGCACAAGAAGCAGCUGGACUCUCUGCGGGAGAGGCUGCAGCGGCGGCGGAAAGACCCAGCACAACCGUCCUCUGAUGGCGGAGGCAGUGCAGAGGGUUCUACAGCCAGGAGUGACAGCCCGGCUCCGUCAGCUCCGCUCCCCCCUCAGGAGGAGACGGAAAAACCGCCAGAUCCCGAACUAGAGAAGAGGCUGCUGGGAUAUCUCUCUGAUCUGAGUCUUUCAAUGCCAACGGACUCCCUUACCAUCACAAGUGAACUCAGUUCUGAGACAGCUGUCAGUCAUGGAUGCAUCCAGAGUCUCCUGCUAAAAUUCUCUGCUCAGGAACUCAUCGAGGUCCGGCAACCCACCUCAGCCUCUUCUUCUUCUUCUUCUACUACUUCCUCCCCCUCGAUCGUGAUAGCAGUGGACCACACAAAACUAUGGGCCAUGAUUGGUUCUGUGGCUGGAGCCCAACGGGCUGGAGUCAAGAGAAAAGCAGAAGAUCAAACCCACCACAAAAGAGCUCCGGGCUUCUCACCCUCACUUCAGAGCCCGGCUUCUCCUCCGCACUCUUCCUUCAGCUCUGUGACACCGGCUUCCUCCUCACAGCUAGCAGGGCCUUCAGCAUCAGGGAGCGGGGCUGAGAAGAAGGGAAAGAGCAGUAAAAGCCAGUCGUCCCACUUGGACAUGGAGAUAGAGAGCCUCCUGAACCAGCAGUCCACUAAAGAGCAGCAGAGCAAGAAGGUGAGUAGAGAGAUUCUGGAGCUGCUUAAUGCCAGCACAGCUAAGGAGCAGUCCAUCGUGGAAAAGUUCCGGUCUCGCGGCCGAGCUCAGGUCCAAGAGUUCUGCGACCACGGGACCAAAGAGGAGUGUGUACGCUCUGGGGACACACCGCUGCCGUGCACCAAGUUACACUUCCGUCGCAUCAUUAACAAGCACACGGACGAGAGCCUCGGUGACUGCUCCUUCCUUAACACGUGUUUCCACAUGGACACCUGCAAAUACGUCCACUAUGAGAUCGACAGCCCUCCAGAGGCCGAGGGGGGCCUGCUGGGGCCCCAGGCUGGGACCACAGAGCUCGGCCUCUGUGCGGGGGACGCGGACAGCAACGUGGGCAAAUUGUUCCCCUCGCAGUGGAUAUGCUGCGAUAUCCGCUACUUGGAUGUGUCGAUCCUCGGUAAGUUUGCUGUGGUGAUGGCCGACCCUCCGUGGGACAUCCACAUGGAGCUACCCUAUGGUACACUGACUGACGACGAGAUGAGAAAACUCAACAUCCCCAUCCUGCAAGACGACGGCUUCCUCUUCCUCUGGGUCACUGGAAGGGCUAUGGAGUUGGGCAGAGAGUGUCUCAGUCUUUGGGGCUAUGAUCGAGUUGAUGAAAUAAUUUGGGUGAAAACAAACCAGCUUCAAAGAAUCAUCCGCACAGGAAGGACAGGCCAUUGGCUGAACCAUGGGAAGGAGCACUGUCUGGUGGGUGUAAAGGGCAACCCUCAGGGAUUCAACCGAGGUUUGGACUGCGACGUCAUUGUCGCCGAGGUCCGCUCCACUAGUCACAAACCAGAUGAGAUCUACGGCAUGAUAGAGAGACUCUCGCCUGGCACCAGGAAAAUUGAGCUUUUCGGUCGACCCCACAACGUCCAGCCCAACUGGGUAACUCUAGGAAACCAGCUUGAUGGCAUUCAUCUCUUGGAUCCUGAUGUUGUGUCUCGAUUUAAAAAUCGUUAUCCAGACGGCGUCAUCUCUAAACCCAAAAACAUGCAGUGAUGACGCAUGUGGUCGCAGGUUUGGAAGAAGUUUAUCAUUAGUCCAUUUUUUUUAAACAUCCGUGAGCAACUAUCUAAUAAAUGUUGUCCACAAGA